GAAUUAAAAUCUUGGCUCACCUUAGUCCUUACACAAAGUUAGUGAGGUGAGAGUGUCAAACAAUUGUUGGAACAAUUAUUAUAUUUUUUCAUGUUUGGUUUGUUCGUCAUGCCACGUGUCAGGACUCACAUUCACGUGUCGUUUUAUUGAUUCAUUCAUUGGAUCCAAUCCUAUCAACUCAUCCGUUUUUCUUCUUCAAUAAUUCAUACCUUUGUAAUUUGUUCCUUCUAUAAAGUUUCAACCUUUGUCCUCUCUCUCUCUUAACCCUGAAAAAUAUCUUGCUCACCACCCAUUUUUAUUUUUAUUUUUAAUUUCUCUCACUCAAAAAAAAAAAACCCCCACUAAGAAGAAGAAGAAGAAGAAGAAGAAGAAGAAGAAGCAAGAUCAGAUAUGGGGGAAGCAGUUGUUACCAUUUUUAGUCAAAUUCGUUUAAUUGCUGGGCCCAUCUUGACAUUGCUCUAUCCCUUGUAUGCAUCUAUUGUAGCUAUGGAGAGCAUAACAAAACAUGAUGAUGAACAGUGGCUUGCUUAUUGGAUUAUAUACUCAUUCCUUGCUCUUAUUGAAAUCAUCAUUCAACCAGCUCUAGAGACGGUGUCUAUUUGGUAUGAUGUGAAGCUAGUUUUUGUGGGUUGGUUGGUUCUUCCCCAAUUUAAAGGUGCAGCAGUUUUGUAUAAGAGAUUUGUGAGAGAACAAAUCAAGAAAUAUAAUAGCCAUGGUCAUCAUCACAUUUUUCAGGGAAGGAACAAGUUUCUAGAUUUCUUGCGUUACAAAAGUGAUGAGCAUCAUGACCAUCAUUACUAAUUAAAGAAGGCAAAUUAAAAAAUUGCAUGGCUAGUCUUCUUUUAAUUAUUAGGUUUUUAUAUGGUAUCAACUAUCAACAUAUUGUUGGGUUGUUUUAAAUCUCUUCAACCUUGUACAACUUACUCCUUAUUGCAAGGCUUUUAAAUUUCAGCUGGUUUCUUUUGAAUCAUCCAUAUAUGUAAAAUCAUCCGUACAUACAUAUUCAUAUUAGACUUAUUUUGUUUAA